AUGAACGUUGCUCAAGUUUCAUCAGCAUGGAUAUUAGUAAUAGUUUCGAUUGAUCGAUGGAUUCGAGCACGGUUUCCAUUCAAAUCAAGUUCAAUAUGUAAAUCAAAAAAUGCUCUAAUUGCUGUAGGCGUUUUACUUAUGGUAGAUAUAGCUCUUCAUGUUCAUAUGUUAACUCCAAUGUUUGGAAUGCUUAUACCUGGCUUUUCAUUAAAAAUCCUUCAUACUUUCAAUUCUAUUUUUGGCAAUGGAGUAUAG